GACGCUCUCGUCUUUCCUGUCACACCACAAUCGCGUGCUGAUAUUCAACAUGGCUGACGAAGAAGAGCGCGUCAAGGCUGAGAAGCUGGCCGCCGCCAAAAAACGGGUAGCGCAGCUUCAGAAGAAGAAGAAGGGCGGGAAGAAAGCUGGAGCUGCUUCUACCAGCGAAGCUCCGAAAGAAGCAGCCGAAUCUACCGACCAGACCACCCCCGCUACGGAAGUCUCCACGCCUGCGGAGGAGGACAAGGACAAAGCGGAUAGCAAGGCGGACGAGGCUGCGCCCAGCUCCGAUCCCGCACCUCAAGAUGACAGCCAACAAUCACAGCCCGCGCCGCAGGCGGAGGAAUCUCCUGUUGAACCGAUGCCCGAUGCUCCGACCGACGUGCCGACCUCCCCCUCUCCCGGCGCCGACCCCCAGCCCGCCUCCAAGUUAGAAGCUCCGUCGGGAGGCGCCCACGGCCGCCAGCCGUCACUGUCGAUCCAGUCGAAGAUGCGGUCGUCGUCGUUCCGGAAGAAUUCGGUGUCGCAGGGUAGCAACAAUAACAACUUGGCGCAGUCGCCGUCGACGACGAUUAAGUCGCCCUCGCUGCCGCCGCUGUCUGCGGACGGGGACUCGGUGCACGAGGUGUAUAAGAAGCAAGCGUCGCGUAUCGAAGAUCUUGAGAAGGAUAAUAAGCGGUUAGAGAAGGAAUUGGAGGAAGCGUCGGGGCGGUGGCGCAAGACGGAGGAACAGCUUGAGGAUCUGCGCGAGGCUAGCGUGGAUGUCGCGGAGCUGAAGGAUAAGCUGGCGAAGGCGGAACAGAAGGCUGGAGAUGUAGAGGAGCUGAAAGCAGAGAUCGCGUCCCUUCAACGACAGAACUCCCACUUGCAGACCCGAACACACCGGAACAACGCGAGCGUGUCGUCCCCUGCGGCUUCCGAGUCGCCCCCGGCGGAGCUGACACAGCAGCUGGAGUCGAAGUCGGCCACCAUCGAGGCUAUGGAGCUGGAGAUCUCGAACCUGCGCGCACAGCUGAGCUCUAGCAGCGCCCACGAGAGCCAGAUCGCCGCGCUGGAGGAGAAACUGUCGGCCAGCGAGGCAGCGCUAGAGCGAUCACAACGCGAGCUAUCCGAUACCAAGGCUGCGUUGACGCGGGCGUCCGAAAAAGCCGUCAAAGAAGGCGUCGACAAGACAUCGACAGAGACGCUCAUCAAGAGCCUCCAGCGCGAAGUCGAAGAACUAAAGAACGACAAGACCGAGUCCGAGAAGAAGCUCGACACGCUCGAAAAGAAACAACAAGCAAUGACCAACCUACACAAGGAGACGGAGGCUCGCCACCAAGCGCGCCUGCGCGAAAGCGAAAAGACCGAAAAGGAGGCCGCCAUGCAGCGCAAGCGGCUCGCCAGCGUCGAAAACGACAACCUCCGCCUCAAAGACGAGCUCGAGACCCUACGGAAGCGACACUCAGGAGCCUCCGGUGGCGGGGGCGCCGACGACGACGCCAUCGACGAGCUCGAAGACGAAGAGCGCUCCCGCCUCCACCGCCGCAUCCGCAGCCUCGAAGGCGAAGUCUUCGACCUCCGCCGCGGCGUCUGGCAAGAGAAACGCGAGGAACUGGCCGCCGCAGGCGGCGAGUACCCAGCGGAAGGCGCCCCCGACUAUUCAGCAUCAUCCUCCAACGCCAACGCCAACGCCUUCGACGACGUCGACCUCAUCGGCGGCAGCGGCGCCGAACACGCCCGCCGGCGCAGCAUGGCCCAACAACAACGACACUCCUCCUUCUCCACCGUCCUCUCCAGCGGCCUCGCCGCCUUCACCGGCAGCAGCGGCGGGCCCACCAACCGCACCCGCACCCCCUCCCACCCACAACAACAUCACGGCCACGGCCACGCCCCAGGCAGCCUCGAGCUCCUAUCCGAAGAGAACUUCGACGACGAGUUCGACGAGGACGAGUUUGCGCGCGCGCAGGCCGAAGAAGAGGGCCGGAAGCGCGUGGCGUGGGUGCGCGAGAUUAAGACCAAGCUGCGCGAUUGGCAGGGGUGGAGGCUGGAUUUGGUGGAUAGUAGGGCAGGGGCUGAGGGGGCGGGGGUGGGCAUGGGGGAGAUGUUUGAGGUUUAA